AAGUUGCCCAAAAUUUUCCAAGACUUUGAGAUUGUGCAAUUGACCUUUCUCACUUUCUCUUCUUCAUCUCCUCCUUGACACCAUGAACACCUUAAACCCUUUCGCUGCAAAAAGGAACAAUUUUCACAACCAAUUCAUCCCUUCAUUCGAUCAACAUUGCUCUGUCUUAACUAAACAACCCCUUAAUAAUUCUCUUUACUUUAGAACCCAAUUACCACUAUCUUUAUCCUCCUCUUACUUACCCAUCAAAUCCUCCUCCUCAAUUCCUAAAACCCCUAAUUCACAACCCUUCAAAUCAUUAACCCCACUCUCUUUCCUUAAACCCACACUAAUCUCCACCAUUACCGCCACUGCACUUUUCCUCACAGGAUUCUAUCUCAACCCUAAGCCAGCCAUUUCUACCCCUCUUUCUCCCCCGCCCACCGUUGACACAACAACUGUAAAUGAAGAAAAUGCCCUUAAAGAGGAGCUUGUCUCUAACCCCAAUGAUGUUGAUACAACUGCAAAUGAACCAGUCUCAGAAGAUAAUACCGAAAAUGCCCUCGUAGACGAGCUCCUCUCUAACCCCAAUGAUGUUGAAAUCUUGAGAAAUUUGUUAGAAAAUCACAUUAAGAAUAGAGAAUUAGUGGAUGCGCUUAGCAUAUUAAACAAGUUAAUCGAGCUCGAGCCGAAUGAGACUGAAUGGUGUUUUUUGAAAUCUCAUUUGUAUGUUCAUAAUGGGGAGCUUGAAUUAGCCAAACUAGGAUUUAGAGAAGUAAUAUCGAAGGAUCCUUAUCACGUCGAGGCUUAUCGCGGGCUUGUUGUGGUGGCAGGAUCAGAAGACGAUUCGUUAGAGGAAAUGAAGGAAAUAGAAAAAAAAGUUGAGGAGGGAAUUAAAAUGUGUGAGGAGGAGAAUAUAAAGGAUGAAAUGAGGGAUUUUAAGCUCUUGCUUGCGCAAAUAUGGGUUAUUGAAGGUAAAUAUGAUGAGGCGUUGAAGGUUUAUCAUGAGUUAGUGGCUGAGGAGCCGAGUGAUUUUAGGCCUUACUUGUGUCAAGGCAUGAUAUAUACAAUGUUGAAGAAGAACGACAAGGCUGAGAAGUAUUUUGAGAAGUAUCGGGGACUGGUACCGCGUGCGAAUCCUAAUGCUAGGUUUGAAUUUAUGAUGGCGACUUGAUGGCACUAAAGGUUUUUGCAGAGAAGGCGGAGGAUUAUAUGAUUGAGUCCUAUAUGUUGUGAGUUGUUACUUCUGAGGCUGAAGACACAAGAUUUCAUGGGAAAAGUUAGCUGCUACAGAUAUACAACAACAACAACAACAACAACCCAGUGCUACAGAUAUGUGGGAGAGUUAGUGAUUACUCUGCUUCAUUUAAACAAGUCUAACUGUUGGUGCAAUAGAUCCUUGUGGUCCGGCGCAUAGCGGAAGCUUAGUGCACCGGGCUAAUUGUUGGUGCUAGCUUGAGUUAUGUUAUUCAUACCAUACUACACUUGCAAUCCAAGAACUAAGAGGGAAAUCUGAGUUCAUUAGAGAUAACAUGACCCCAGUUUCUUAAAAAUGCGGAACUCUUGUUAUUUCUGAAAUUAUCCUAAAUGGGUAGUGUUUGUUCAGAUUAAAUGGAGAUUAAGCUCACACAGACAGACAAAUUAAACCUGUAUGUUCUUUGUUGUUUUGCAGAGUGAACUCAAGAGACUUCGUCCUAAAAAAGUAGUCUUUGUUAUUUA